GUACCAAAAUAACCUCAGGCACUUCAACUUAAUUCACCUUGCUGAACCCAGUACAAGAUUCCUAUCAAGUAAGUGGCAACUUGUUGAUUAGACUGAGAUGUUUGAUACAAAGGGUCAGUAUAGUUUUCGACCCGAUGAGAAGCAGGUAAGCUUUUGAGGUUGUGACGGCUGAUCUGGCGGGGAAGGGCAGUCAGUGCUCAGAGGGAAUUAUUCGGGUUAAAGGAAUUAAUUGCGUCAGUUCGUUAGAUGUGAGACUCAAGACGACUCGGAGUCUCCCAGGAUUCUUGUAAGCAUCAAAGAGGAAAGGAAGGACAACAGCAUCUGCUAGGAAGUUUGCUGGCCCACACACAGCACCACUAUGUUCGCAAAGUUGAAGAAGCUAGUGGGGGUUCCCGAACCGCCGACUACGUACGCCGCUCCUCAGCCUGCUGUAGCUGCUCCACCUGCAAAGCCUCCUGAGAAGCAGGCAGACACAACGCAGCCAAGGCCGGAGGAGAAAAGGAAAGAGGAACCAAAAAAAGACGACGAGAACAAAAAGGAGUCAGAAAAGACACAGGACGAACCGAAGAAGGAAGAGCCGAAGCCAGCACCUGCUGCUCCUGCUGCUCCAGCUGCUCCUGCUGCUCCAGCUGCUCCAGCAGCUCCAGCUGCUCCAGCUGCUCCUGCUGCUCCUGCUGCUCCUGCUGCUCCUGCUGCACCUGCUGCUCCUGCUGCUCCUGCUGCUCCUGCCAAUCCAGAGGGAGAUGGCGGUGAGGAGAACGCGCCACCGCCUUCUCCACCUCCUGUUGUCUACUUCCGAAACACCGAUGACGCCCUCAGAGAGCUGGUGAAGAGCAUAAGGGAGAGAACAGAGCUGCUCAAGGAGAAAGUCAUCGAUCCCUACGCCACCUCUCCAGAAAUCAGCCCACCCGUCACGCCCAUCCUGAGGAAGGACGACUACCACAGGCUGAAGGAAGAGGAACGCAUUGCCAAAGAGGAAGCGGAAAAGAAGAAAGCAGAGGAGGCGGCCAAAAAGGCAGAGGAGAAGAAGAAGAAAGACGAGGAAAAAAGGUUAGAAGCGGAGAAGAAAGCAGAGGAGGAGAGGCUGGCAGAAGAGGCCCGGAAGAAAGCCAAGCUGCUCCCGGAUAUCAAAUUCACUUUCUUGGACGUCCUCUUACAACCCGUAGAGGAGAAGCUGGAUGUCAUGCUGGGAUGCACCAUCGACCCUUUCACUGAUCGCCGUUACAUCGCUUGGUUGGCCGUGGUGGCGGUGGCUUACAACUACAACAUCUGGUUCUGCUCGGCCCGCUUGGCCUUUCCAUACCAUAACGAAAGCGCCAACCGCUACUGGGUCUUUCUUGACGUUCUGAGUGACCUGGUGACUGCUGUCGACAUCGUGGUGUGGCAGCCACGACUGCAGUUUGUUCGAGCGGGAGAUAUUGUCACUGACAGAGUCAUGACUAAGGAACAUUAUAGGAAAUCCACUCGCUUUAAGACGGACAUCAUCAGCAUUUUCCCCUUUGACCUGCUCUGCCUGCACUUUGAAUUCUCUUCCAUCUACAGACUCAACCGCUUCAUCAGGAUUGAGUCUUUCUUCGAAUUCAGCGACCGGCUUGAGAGCAUCAUGGCCAAAGCUUACAUCUGGAGAGUGGCUCGCACCACAGGCUACCUGCUCUACAGCCUCCAUAUCAACGCCUGCGCGUUCUAUCUCGCCUCCGUCCACCAGGGCCUUGGCAGCACCACGUGGGUCUACAGUGGAGAAGGGACGGCGUACAUACGCUGUUACUACUUUGCAGUGCGCAGCCUGAUCAACAUCGGCGGUCUACCGGAGCCUGUAACCACCUUUGAAAUCACCUUCCAGUUGGUCAACUUCUUCAUCGGAGUCUUUGUCUUCUCCAGCCUCAUCGGCCAGAUGAGAGACGUCAUCGGAGCGGCAACAGCGGGUCAGACGUACUUUCGAGCGUCCAUGGAUGGCUGCGUGGCUUACAUGAACACCUACACCAUACCCAGAUACAUCCAGAAUAGAAUCCGGACCUGGUACAACUACACCUGGGCUGCUCAGGGAAUGCUGGAUGAGUCGGAGCUGCUGGAUAAGAUGCCUUUGGUGAUGAGAACCGCCAUCGCCGUUGACAUCAACCUGGCCACGUUCCAGAAGAUUGCUUUGUUUCAGGGGUGUGACCAGCAGAUGUUGGUGGAUAUGCUACUGAGGCUCAAAUCCAUUGUUUACCUUCCGGGGGAUUUUGUGGUCAAGAAAGGCGACAUCGGCAAAGAGAUGUACAUCAUCAAGAGUGGAGCCGUGCAGGUGGUGGGAGGACCUGACAACAGUAUCGUCUUUGUCACACUGAAGGCCGGCGCUGUGUUUGGAGAAAUCAGUCUGCUGCAGUCUGCAAAAGAUGGAGGGAACAGACGGACAGCAAACGUCAAAGCCUACGGCUUCGCUAAUCUCUUUGUUUUGGAAAAGAAGGAUUUGUUCGACAUCCUGGUCCACUACCCCGAGUCUCAGAAGGUGCUGGCCAGGAAGGGAAAGAAACUGACCAAGGCCAAAGCUCCUGCUGGCAAAAAUCCAGCUGGCAAAGAUGAGGACAAGCCAAAAGGUCUCGCUCUCUUUGGACAAAAACCGCAAACACCAAAGCUGCUCCGAGCAUUUGCCAGUUUGCGCCCGAUCAAGAACAUACUGGAGAAACAAUGAGCUACCCAACAUGUGCACAACCUUCUUCACCCUCACAAUCAGCCAUGUCAUUUCUCUCUGGUAAUACGCCCCCUUUCUCCUCUUCUUUUGUCUGAGGAUAUCGGGGAGGGACGGCGCUAAGGCACCAGAGCAGAUGUGUGUGUGUGUGUGUAUACAGCAUAUAAAUACACACAUACAGUAUAAUGCUAUACAGACAAUGUACAGAUAGAAAUACUGUAGGAUGCUGCAGAUAUUUCACUGCUGCUUUAUUUUCUCGUGUUUAAUUGUGCAUCUUCCAGUAGAUGAUCUGUCUGUCCUCUCCACCCGUGACCACCGUGCCACACAGCUCAUUCAUCCAGAUGGCCGUGACUGCACCUACACACAAACACACACGUGUUAGACUAGUCGCUCUUUUGGCAGCUUGUCAGGCGUGUCAAGUACCUGAAUGUGCCGACAUCCUGGAGGUGAUGGCGUUACUCAUUAAGUCCCACAGCAGGAGGUCACCUGACUGCCCCCCACACAACACAGAGUUGCCAUCCCAGCAGAAACACCUGAGACACACGCGCGCGCGCACACACACACACGCGCACACACACACAGAUUCAAAGUGUUAGACAUGUUAGAUCAGGGGUGUCCAAAGUGGUACGUUCUACAACUACUGCAUCAUUUACCAACAACCCCCCCAGCAAAAAUGGAAAAAUGAGCAGUACUUUUACAAGAAUAAAGUCAAAAUAUCAAGAGAAAAAAAGUUGUAAUCUCAUGAGAAAAAGCCAUAAUUUUACAAGAAUAAUAUUAUGAGGAAAAAUAACGCCAUUUUCAUAAGCAUAAAGUUGAAAUGUUAAAGAAAAAAAGACAUUUUCAAGUUGUCAUUUUUGGAAACUUCAGUUAUGAGAAUAAAGUCAUAAUAUUACAGGAAAAAUAUUUACAAGAAUAUAGUUGACAUUUUGAAAAUGUACAAAACCAGCAGAAAUAGAAAAGAUGUCAUUUUAUGAGAAUAAAGUCAAAAUACUAGGUUGUGUUCUAAAGAGAAAAAAGCAUCGAUUUUUUUAAGAUUAAACUCGCAAUACGAGGAAAAAUGUCAUUUUAAUAGCACAGAGUUGAAAUAUUAAAGAAAAAAUGCUUUCUUUUUUAAAAGUUGUGAUUUUUGCAAAACUAGGUUGGGGGAAAAAGUUAUAUCACGGGAAUACUGCUGGCUAGCACUGUAUUCAGUCACUACGUAGCUAGCCCCCGCCUCCACGUACAGUGACAAAGACGCUGAAUAGUUGACAGGAGGCUCACUCUUGCCCUUCAUGUGACUAUACAACCAAUGCGCUCAGACACAAGCAGAGUGAACCCUCGGGUCAUCCGGCCUGCGUGCUCCAGCAAGACGAGGAAGUGGAGCAGGCAUACGUACGUCGCACAUGUCAAUUUAGCGUUUUACCGAUUAUCGUGACAGGCCUACACGUGUUACCUCAGCUCCUCCUCGACUUUGACAGAUGAGAUGACCAUUCCCGUCUGCACGUCAGUAACUUUCAUGCAGGAGUCGGUGCCGAUGCUGAGGACAUGGAGACCAUCUAAAAGCCACAAAGAGCUUCAAACAAAACUGCCCCGUUAAGUAAUAAAGUUAGAAGUGCGGAGUCCAUUUAGAACCCCCAAUGUUCACUAUUGUUUACCACAAAAAACUCUAGCAAGCUUUGAUGCCGGCAUAUUUGCAAAUCCAAGGAUUUUUGCCACUAAAAGUGAUUAUUAGUGCAUUUCAUCUUCGAGUGAGUGGAAUGAUGGGUCAACGCUCACCGGGACUGAAGGCCAAGCGGUGCACGGUGCCCGUGUGGCAGUCCACCUGCUGCAGCGUUCCGUAGGUGCUCGUGUCCCAGAUGGUGACGGCCCCGUCCUUGCAUCCCGACACCAGCAAACACCCCGAAGGACUCAGUCCGGCAGCGUUCACCUGAAAUGGUGCGGUAUUAUUACGCCAGCAGAUUAUCGGGUACACCUGCCAAAACCUUCCACCCCGCGCUUGGAAAGGAGUGUUUGUUGUGGGCGUGGCCUCUCGUACUGACGUAAAUAAGAAAUGAAGUCAUUCAAUCAAUGUCAUUUUUACAAAGGUGAAAUAUGUCAUUUAAAAUGGACAGAACAUAAAUAAUACAUUCUUUCAAUAUAAUAAUUGAAUUUUAUAAUUGAAAAUAAAUGAAACCAUAUUAAGGUAACGCAUGCAUCAUGUAAAUAUUAGAUUUUGCUCUGUCUGUGAUGCGCUGCACUUCUCAAUAAAGAUAAAAAAUGAUUAGAAAAGCACUCGGAGAACGCAGACCUGCGCCAAGUGCCUUGGUUCCCCCCCAUAUUGUGUUUCACACCAAAAUGAUCAUUUUUUGGAUCAGUCUGAUAUUUUGUAGAACCUGUUAGAAACCUGUAUUUUUGUGCUCUGAUUCGUCUUGGUAGCGUUAUAUGCACAAAUGCCGAAAAUGGUCCUACCUCGCAAUGUGAAAGAAUCCUUUCAAAAAAGUGUGGAUCCAGAUCGUGAUCCGCAUCACCCCCAAAAUUUAAUCAGCUCUUCCGUAUCCCAUUUCCGACAGUUCCUGAACAUUUCUUCUGCACCACACAGACUAUUAAAUAAAUGGGUACGUGCCAAACGAUACUAUUUUAUACUCAUUUAUAACCCACAAGGUAUGCUGGGUAACUUCCUGUUGGGGACGUGUGCACACGGGCUUCCCAGCAUGCCUUUAUGGACAGUGGCAUGCGAGUACGGGUGGAAACAUCACUGCAUAUCAAGAAGUCUGCUCUGCUCCGGUGGUGGACGUUUGGAGAAAGAUCGUGUUCCGACUCACCCCAGAAUCAUGUUCCAGUUCCGCCAGCAGCUCAAAGUGAGAUCUCUUGUGAGCGCACAAAGCACGGGGAUCGCACUGCCACACCUGCGCGGGAAACAAAAACACACUCAAACACCAUCUGACCAAUCAAGGAGGGAAGCUCCCGUUCUUCUCCACCUUGACGGUGGAAUCCCAGGACGCCGUGUAGAGCUUGUUGUUGGACCAGCACACUUCGCUGACAGCGUCGUCGUGACCCAUCAGCGUGUCCUGACGCCUCCCGUACGGGAUGGAGUAGAAAUAACUGCAGGGGAAGACAACCAAGGGUCAGCGGGAGAUUUCCAGUGCGCAUCAAGUGCUUUACGUACGUACACGUUAUUGUCCCACGACGAACACGCCACAAUUUCACCGUCUGCCAGCAUCAAGCACGAUGACAAGGCCUGAAAGAUAUCAUGACAUCAAAAGCCUGUAUCGGUUGAUAUCAGUAAGAAAGCCAACAUCGAUCUAUGUACUGGAAUACAUUUCAUUCCAGUCAUCUUCCUACCAUGUUAGAGAAAGAUACACUCCUCUGAAAGUCCUUCAGUUCUUUGGAGAACAUCUUCAGCGUUGAGUCUGAAACAGUAUCGGGUAUAAAAAAAAAUGUUUAAAAAUUAACGGGGAGACUAAAAAGCAACAAAGAUUGUUUUUAUACCUUGGGAUGUGGUGAAAAUAGAAGCUCCAUCUCGAGUCACAGCGAUGGCCGUCACUGCCCUGUCAUUCAUGCAAUGUUAUGUGCAAUCCAUACCCAUGUGCAAUAUACAGCAUGUGCUUUCUGUACAUCAUGUUACGUGCA